GCAAAAGCAACACCACCAAGCGUACCUGUCAACUUUCGUCCUCCACACCGUGCUUUUCUUGUCAUUGAUUUGUUCUGUGACUCUAGCGAUUGACACCGAGAAGCCGUUCUUUCGCAAAGCAUCCCCGGACAGCACGAGGACGAUUGCUGGAUCACUUUCGCGCCCACCAUCCUUCCGUUUACGAGAACAGACGCAUCCCCACACCAUACGCCAGUGUCAUGUCCUCCUCGUUGACUCCCGCUUCACUCCGAUCCGACGCCUCAACGGAGUCGGGAACAGACGAAGACACACAGGCAUACGACAAGCUGGCUCUCGACGAUUGUGUGAACAGUCCCGUCCCCUUGAAUCCGGACGAAUCACAAAACGCCGAAAUCCGAGCGCUUGCGGCCAAACUCGCCCCUGAUUUUGAACAAGCGGACGCUCUCCUGCAGGUUCCAUUCGAAUUUCAGUCGCAUCCCUCCUUCUCUGUUUUGGAAGCAGCCACUUCGGAAGACGAUGACAUGGAUCGGGAAAUGGAGAGUCUGCAAUUCUCGGAAGCACUCUUGCGACAAGAAUUGGAACUCGCCCAGGACUUUUCCACCUUAUUUCAAACAGUUUCGCACAAUAUGUCAAACACUAGCGACGCAGUCGACAAAUUCAAUUUAUCGGGAACACCCUUUUGCGAGGGGAUGAAACGACAGCUCUUUGAUCCGCCGGAUCACCAAAGUGCCGACGGUUCACCUGCCCUCGCUCUGCAGUCGUCGUCCAGUCGAGAGGCCGAUAUAGAUCCCAGCGACGGUAACAAGCAGGAAGAAUGCAGCUUGGAAAUUGACGACGACGAUUGUCCAGACAAAGUUCUGUCGCCAAUCCGUAUACCAUCUCCAGUAUCUUCGCCGAAUGGGAAAUCGACAGCCACGACUUCUUCGUCUCCCGAAGUUGACCAAGGACCCAGGGAUAGUUCCAUACUGCUAACGGCAGGUACACCAUCCCGUUCCGUAGCCAAUCCUAUUCAGCCCUACACACACAAGGAUCACUUUACCGCUUUGCGCCUUUCGUUGGAAGAACACGGCGGUUGGUAUUCGGUCGACUUGACUUCCUUCGUUGUACCACCCCGCGACACAACUACCGGGAAUCUCAUCGGUUUGAAAGACUAUUGUCUCGCCAUUCCCGAAUCCAAACUUAAACAUUUAUAUGUGGGUUUACCAGAUGCAGCCAAACCCGGACCUGAUACUACUGUUACUGGUUGUAGUCAAUACACACUACCCUUACCGGUUCGCACCUUGGCAAUCCCAGUCCGACCUGACGUUCUCUGUGGAGCCAUAAUGGAUGCCGUACAUCAGGUUCUGACUAGUACCGCCAUACAUGCACGGAUUCUCAAACGACAGGGCGGUCAUUUACGAGGAAUCAUAUCCGGGUGUGUCGUCCCACGAGAUCCGGAUCGACUUGUGGAAGAAUCCUUUCACAGUAAAUCAAGUGCGGGCGAGUUGGAGGGUGUACCCAGUACAUACCCACCCUUUCUCAUCGAUGCUCAAUUAUGCACGGCCAAAUCUGAUUCUUGCGAGCGAGUCUUGUUGCUACGCGUGUAUCACUGUUGCAGCGAGUCUAUUCAACCCAGUGACGAUGUGGACAAUAUGAACACAUCUUGGGUCACGGCACUGUCACAGCAAAAUCCGGCCGGCGAUCACGUAUUAGGAACAAAUCACUUUGCGUUGGUAGAACACCUUGAUAUUGAGGCAUCCACUCGUUUGCGCGAAUGUUGUGCAUUGGUGCAGCGGGUAGAAGCUCCCGAAUUGUCAAAAAGGAUCCGCUCCCCGGGCAAACGCUUCGACAACCGUGAGUCCAUGCAGACUCUUGUCUCCAGUCAUCUAUUGGAGCAUUACCGAGCGUGUCCGUCCGUCCGCGAAGGAAGCAUCACCUUACCGUCUCUGAAUUCGGACGACUGGCCAGUGAUUCAGUCUUCGUGGCGUUUCGUCCAAGCGACGUGGGAAGAGCUAGAAACACGGGACUUGACUUACACGACAUUGACCACGGCGCGCUUUGGGGCUUUUCCGGCUUUGCCUACCUUGGAUGUACACUACUGCUCGCAGAUUCGACGGUUUUCACGGGAAGUCAUGAUAAUGCAGCUACUGAAGAGCGCGAGCGAAUUAGAAGAGUACGCGCGCGAGGCCGAGUACGCUUGUGCCAACAUGAUUUCGCUACUACAGCCAACAUUUGACGCAUACGGUAUGGAAGCCCCAUUGUUGCCCAAACCUGUGCCGCUCAACGAAUAUCCCUUGGACUUUACACCACCCCAACAGGCAUGUCCACCUUGGGGGCUGAGAGUGAUGGAAGCUUUAAACGAGACUCAAGCUCUUACAAGUGACGCCGGGCGAGACGAACCGAUUUUGUCGCCGACAACUCUGUAUGCUAUUGAUGCGUCAGAGUCAUUGGCCAUGGCACGACGUGCGGUCUCUCUUAUCCUGAACGCAUUUCAAAUACAAGACGACGAGGAGAAGGGUGCUCGGCUAGGCCGUAAGAACCUACAAGUAAUGGAUAGGUUGGCCAAGAUGCAAGCACAUCAGCGCACUUUGAUUCAAUCCUUACAGAACGGUAUCGCAUUGUCCGAGAAGGCAGCCAAAGCUGCAGAUGAUUUUCACAGGAAAGCGGGUGUCAUGGAAGUACCUUUGUUAAAAUGGAAUAUUGUUGUUGGGGGGGCUUCCGGCACCUGCUCUGUAACGGCAAAACACCUUUUGUUUAUCACUCAGCUCAUUCCGGUGAUUGGUGGCAGCCGGACGGCCAUCUUCCGGAUAAGCGAAGUGGACUUUGAUGUGCAAGAAUCAACUCCCUCUAUUCUUAAUCCUUUACCAACAGUAGUAAGCGUGCGAAAAGACGGCCAGCAAAUAUACAGCUUUCGACCUUCAGCGGGUGGCAAGAGACUGAAGAGCGUUUUGGAAACAAUCAAGGCAACGGCUCUGGACCAAGAUGCGCUUCCAGAAUCACCCUCAUCAGCAUAA